AAGCCAUCAAUAGUUGGGCUACCGAGUGGCACGGCAUCUCAAUGCUAGAGGCGUCACUGCAGACACCCUGGUUCAAUUCCAGGCUGUAUCACAACUGGAUGUGAUUGGGAGUGCUGUAGGGCGGUGCACAAUUGUCCUAUUGUCGUCUGGGUUUGGCCUCAUUGUAAAUAAGAAUUUGUUCUAACUGACUUGCCUGGUUAAAUAAAAAACAUAUUCAGCAGAAACAGGUAUAGAACCACAUAAAUAUAGUCUGAUUUGUAUAAAAUAAUUGUCUGAAGUUGUCAUGUGUUCUGACGUAUGUGAGCCAGGUGGAGGAUUAUCUACAGAUGUGUGACUUCCAGUCUACAGCCAUCAGCUGCAGACAUGCAUGCCUCCUGGAGCCUCCACAAACCUCUGGCCUGUGAUCUUCUUAGAACAGAACAGUCUGGGAAAACAUUCAGACACACAGUCAAGCACGCACCCAGCACUGUUGAAAUACCUCUUGCUUUCACUUGAAAAAACUUUGUAAAAAUCUGAUAGCACCCUUUUUAUAUAUCUCAUCUGAAAACUGUUGUAAUUGUCUUGUUUAGAGAAUGGAGAUACUAUUGAGUUUUGUCCACUCCACAGGGGAUGUUCCUGGAUGCUCUGGAGUUGUUUGCCAAGGCCUUGCUGCUUGUCAUAUCACAUGAGGAGGUCAGUGUGAAAUUUGAGCCUGGCAUGUCUGACGUCCCUGGGCCGCUAUUCUGACUGUCUGAGGCUGUUUAGUAACUGGCUACAGGUAGACUCUGAGACCGCAGAUCUGCUCACCCUCAGAGCACGUCUCCACAAACAGCUCAACCAGGGGUAUUCUGUACCGCAGGCUGAAAGACUUCACUUCUGUCAUUGAGGACCUGGUCCUGGCUGUGGAGCUGAGUGAGGCUUGAGUCCAGGGGGCGGAGCCGAGCGGACACACCCAGGAAAAACUGAGGGCCGUGCAGUAGGCGGCCCAGGCCCAGCUGGUGCUCACCUAUAACGACUUUGCCGUGCCGUGCUUCUUCCCAUAGCUUCUACGCCGAGGAAACCAUGCUGCUCAGCAAGGCCAUCCAGGAGCAGAAGGAGGAAAGCGGCCUCCACAUUAACAGAGGAGACUGUUUCCUCCAGCAGGACGAGUGGGAGUUUGCCCUGGCUGACUACCAGCAGGCGGAGGAGAUGUCUCCUGAUGACCAGGCCAUCUGGAUCCGCCUCGCUGUCAUCCUCAACACCCUGGGCACACACUGCUACCAGGACUGAUGUGUUUCCCCAGAAUCUGCAGUGGGCUUGACAAGAUGACCCUGUCACAUGACACAGAUAUCCAGUCUGACAUCCAAUCCUCAGAGGACCAGUCUGACCAGGUGGCGGAGCCGCUUAAAGCCUAUGUGGCACCCCAGUACGUGUACAAGCAGAUCGCCAGGAUCCACCAGCAGCACCACCACCACCACACCACCCACUCUGACCCGGCAUCACACAGCUCGGCGGCCCCUGGACUGCAGCUAGGAUGAGGAUCUGGUCGUGGGAACGAUGUGGAGAGACCAGCCUGGUGCUACUGGGGUUUCUCACCUUGGCUUUGUCUGUAGGGAACCUCUCAACCAGGGGACAGGAGGAAGGGGGAGCCUCCAACAGUCUGGAGGACGAGCUGGAGUCCACCACAUACUGGUGGGGGGAGUGGGCCAAGUGGACCGCCUGCACACGCACCUGUGGAGGGGGGGUUAUGUCCCAGGAGAGGCACUGUCUCAAACAGAGAAAGAAAGCAGCCGCUGCUAGAGACAACAUGACCUGCACUGGCACUUCGAAGAAAUACCUCCUCUGUAACACCAAGGACUGCCCUUCCUCUGGGAGAAGCUUCAGGGAAGAGCAGUGCUGGUCGUUCAACUCACAGGUCUACAAUGGCAGGAACUACCACUGGAAACCCCUGUAUCCGGAUGACUAUGUCCAUAUCUCCAGUAACCCAUGUGACCUGCACUGCACCACGGCCGACGGCCAGAGACAGCUGAUGGUUCCUGCUCGGGACGGAACGUCCUGCAAGUACAGCAACUACAGAGGGGUCUGUGUAGACGGCAGAUGUGAGCCAAUCGGGUGUGAUGGAGUACUUUUCUCGCCCAACAUGCUGGAUAAGUGUGGUGUGUGUCAGGGGGAUGGCAGCAGCUGCAGCAGGGUCAAUGGAAAUUUCCGCCGCGGGGCCACCACUUUGGGUUACUCCUUCAUCACAUCAAUCCCUGAGGGCUCCUGGGACAUUCAGAUCAUUGAGAGGAAGAAGUCAGCUGAUGUUUUGGCUGUGACCGAUCAGGCGGGGAACUUCUUCUUCAAUGGGAACUACAAGGUGGACAGCCCCCAGAACUUCCAUGCGGCGGGGACCGUCUUCAAAUACCGGCGGCCCAUGGAUGUGUAUGAGACGGGGAUCGAGUACAUCGUAGCCAAAGGGCCCAUCGACCAGGCCAUCAAUGUUCUGGUGUGGAACCAGAAUGGUCGUAUCCCUUACAUCACGUACGAGUACACCGUCCUGAGAGAGUCCCUGUCCCCUGUCCCUCAACCUCCCGUCUACACUGGCCCCGACAGCACCGCCCCAGGGGUUUCCGUGGAAAUGGGCAGUAUGGUGGCCCCCAACGGGAGCACGUAUGACAAGGUGGCCCCUGAGACCCAGAGGAACCAGGUGCUGAAACAGGGGGCCAAGGCGGCAGGGGCCGAGGGCCAGAAAGGCCAGGAGACCAACGAGGUGUAUGAGGAGACAGGAGCCAUCGACUGUCACCAGGACAGCCCAACCCCACCACAAUACACAGAUGGCAACAGCAGUCACACAGGUAGCGUAGCAGUCCCUGCCCCGGCAGCCAGCAGGCCUUUAGAGGAGGGACCAGACUCAGAGAACCUCAUCUGGAGAGUCUUGCUGGGCAAGCAGAUUGGUCCAGAUGAGCUGCUCACCAACAUCUCAACCAAUCAGCUCCUGACGGAGGGAGAGGGAGUGUUCUCGUUGGAGGUGGACUAUAGCAGUGUGGAGCAGGGAGGCCAGUUCCCCCUCAACAGCUCUCUGGGGGAGUUCAGUUUGGGCGCGCUGAGGAAUGAUACUGGAGACCUGCUCUUCCCCAACAGGACGCUGCUGACGGGGAUGAGGAGCAACAAUCGCACCAACAGAACCAGGACUAAUCAGAGGUUCCUGCAGAAGAACUUCAAGCUGAGCCCUGCAGACAUGUACCGCUGGAAACUGUCUUCUCAGGAACCCUGCUCCUCCACCUGCUCUAUAGGAGUGUCAAAGUCCUUUGCCAUGUGUGUUCGCUACGACGGCGCUGAGGUGAAUGACAUGCACUGUGACACUAUGACCCGACCUGAGCCUGUUCAUGACUUCUGCAUUGGGAGGGAGUGCCAGCCCAGGUGGGAGGCGAGCAGCUGGAGUGAGUGUUCUCGUACCUGUGGUGAGGGCUUCCAGUUCCGUCUGGUGCGCUGCUGGAAGAUGCUGUCCCCCGGGCUGGACAGCUCUGUGUACAGUGACCUCUGCACCCUGGCAGAGCUGGAGAGGCCCCUGGAGCGCCGCGCCUGUAAGAGCCCAACCUGUGGCCCCCAAUGGGAGGUGGCCGAGUGGACUGAGUGUCCAGCUAAGUGUGGCCGCAGGGCCCAGGUGACCCGGGAGGUCAGGUGUUCAGAUGAAACCAAGUCAUGUGAUCCCCUGACCCGCCCCCUUAACACCAAGAACUGCACAGGCCCGCCCUGCGAGCGCCAGUGGACUGUGUCAGAGUGGGGGCCGUGCUCUGGGUCGUGUGGCCAAGGGAAGAUGGUACGUCACGUUUACUGUAAGACACCAGAGGGCCGUGUGGUGCCUGAAUCCCAGUGCUCUCCAGAGAAUAAGCCCCUGGCAAUCCACCCCUGUGGGGAGAAGGACUGUGCUCCACACUGGCUCACUCAGGAUUGGGAGAGUUGUAACACGACAUGUGGCCGCGGUGUGAAGUGGAGAAUUGUGCAGUGCGCCGGCAUCACUGCUGGGAAGUUCCAGACCCACGACGACGAGGCUUGUGGUGCCAGUAAGAGGCCCGAGGACGAGAACACCUGCUUUGAGAGGCCCUGUUUCAAGUGGUACACCACGCCCUGGUCUGAGUGCACUAAGACAUGUGGUGUGGGUGUCCGGAUGAGAGACGUGAAGUGCUACCAGGGCAGGGAGAUCGUGAGAGGUUGUGACCCCCUGACCAAGCCUGUGGCCAAGCAGACCUGUGCCCUGCAACCUUGUCCCACUGAACCCCCAGAUGAGAGCUGUCAGGACCGUCCCACCACCAACUGCUCUCUGGCUCUGAAGGUGAACCUGUGCAGUCACUGGUACUACAGCAAGGCCUGCUGCCACUCCUGCAGGGCCCAGCACGCCUCUUAGUAUUGCCUGACACCUACAAAACCUUACCCUGCAGCUCUCCAACCCCCCCUCCCCACCCCCUACCUCCAGCAGACCCCCACAAACCCCUUAACUCCAACCACUGCAAACCCAUACCCGCAACCCACUUACUUCCAGCCAAAGAGCCCUCUACCCCUGACUACUCGUCGACAAAUUACCCCCCAGUAGGUUCCUCUACUACCCCCAGUAUGUUACUCUAUUACCCCCCAGUAGCUUACUCUACUACCCCCCAGUAUGUUACUAUAUUACCCCCCAGUAGGUUUGUCUACUACCCCCCAGUAGGUUACUCUACUACCCCCUAGUAGGUUACUCUACUACCCCCCAGUAUGUUACUAUAUUACCCCCCAGUAGGUUGCUCUACUACCCCCCAGUAGGUUACUCCACUACCCCCCAGUAGGUUACUCCACUACCCCCCAGUAGGUUACUCUAUUACCCCCCAGUAGGUUACUCUACUAACCCCCAGUAUGUUACUCUACUACCACCCAGUAGGUUACUCUACUACCCCCAGUAUGUUACUCUAUUAACCCCCCAGUAGGUUACUCUACUACCCCCGGUAUGUUACUCUACUACCCCCAGUAGGUUACUCUACUACCCCCCAGUAGGUUACUCUAUUACCCUCCCGUAGGUUAUUCUAUUACCCCCCAGUAGGGUACUCUAUUACCCUCCUGUAGGUUAUUAUAUUACCCUCCCAUAGGUUAUUCUAUUACCCCCCAGUAGGGUACUCUAUUACACCCCAGUAGGGUACUCUACUACCCCCCAGUAGGUUACUCUACUACCCCCCAGUAGGUUACUCUAUUACCCCCCAGUAUGUUAUUCUAUUACCCCCCAGUAUGUUAUUCUAUUACCCCCCAGUAGGUUACUCUAUUACCCCCCAGUAUGUUAUUCUAUUACCCCCCCAGUAGGGUACUCCACUACCCCCAGUAGGUUACUCUAUUACCCCCCCCCCCCCCAAGUAGGUUACUCUAUUACCCCCCAGUAGGUUACUCUACUACCCCCCACAAGAGGUUACAAUACUACUACCCCCCCCCCCCCCCAGUAGGUUACUCUACUACCCCCCACAAGAGGUUACAAUACUACUACCCCCCCAGUAGGUAACUCUACUACCCCCCCCCCCCCAUAGGUUACUCUCUAACUCUACUACCCCCCCUACCCCAGUAGGUUACUCUACUACCCCCCGCAGUAGGUUACUCUACUACUACUACUACACCCCCCCCCCCCCCCCCAGUAGGCUACAGUAUAUCUAAAGGGCCUGGUCCAAAUGAGAAGGAACUGUAGAAUAUGAUAAAGGCUUCAGUCUGAACCACAACCACAUACCUUUCUUUCAGAGAGGUUGUCAAUUGGGCACAUACAAAGAAUGACACCCUGAAGUACUAAGAGUUAAGGGGGAUAGAUGAGAGAGCGAAGAGUGAACUGGUGCGUCUAUUUGUGUCUUUUGAAGAGAGAAUCCUACACCAGAAAUCUCUUAAACCAUUGCUGUCAUUGCUCCAAAUAUUAACAACCUAUUAACAGAAGGGUCCACACUAAUGUGGAAAGAUAUAUUAAAUUAUUUCCUGGUUGACUAUACUGCAUGUCUAGUCUGAAUUUAAGAUAAAUAUUGACUACACAGGAAAGGUGUCCAUACUGAGUGUUAUCCUUAACUAUGAUAUGAGAAAUAGUACAAUACAAUGUAACUGCCCCAUUUUAGUUUUUAUUAUUGGGCCCAUACUGCUAUUUUUUGCAGAACAUACAAUUUAUUUAUUGCUCAUCACACAUGAUUUUAUCAAUCAUGGCAUAUAAUUCAUGAAGUUACUAAAUGCCAGGUAGUUAAGUGUGAAUGAGAGAGUGAAUUUAGAGGUUAAGACUAAAGACACAUGGUAUGGCCAUACAGUUAUCCCAUUCAUGGACUGAAAUAUUCUUGACACUUGAAAAGGUUGAAUUACAUUGAAGAGAUUGUAUCUCAUUUUUUACAAUAUAUAUCCAGUGUACUGUUCUUGUGUAACUGAUACCUCUUUGUACAAAGAAGUAAUCAUUGAGCUUUUGUACUGUUGUUAACUGAAGUCCUCAAUGUAAUUUACCUGUAUUUCGAUUAAAAACUGUAA